AGUUGUUUAACACAUUUAGUGCCCAGUUGACAUUCCGCGAGCAUAGCUGUCGUGAGCUUAUCAUAAAGACAGGCGCUUUUUAUACUCGGUUGGGAAUUUUUGCGGUUCAAUAUACCUGUAUUAUUAGCGGUCGCAAUAUCACGAUUAUAAAUCAAUUUAUUUUCGUGUUUCAAAUGAUUUUUAGUUGCCGCGGCUGAAAAUCGUUUAUUAUUCAGCUUUAAAUACAUACACACAUACUUAUGUACCCGCUUCAUACAUAGUACUAACGUUAACAAAAACAGAAACAAAAACAGUUAAAAUAACCGUAAACAAAACAUACAACCGUGAAAACCUCAGCGAACGCCAUGCCACAAAGAUCUACGAAUUGGAGUUUCACUCGAAAUGGAUUUACGAAUCGAAAGCCUCAGCGCCAUCUCCCGACUUUACCAGAUUGUCUGCUGCCAGCUGAUAACGAUUACAGCAACAAAACGAAAAACAGCUGGCUACGUCAAAAGAUGGAAACCGAAAAGGAGGAAGCCAGAAAUUUGCAGGUGGAGUUUGAGUGGGUGCUACGCGAGGAGGUACAUGCGAUAUUAAAACAAUUAAGAAAGAUAUUGGUCGAGUGUGCUCACCUCUUUCCUGUGCCAUUGUAUGCCAAUGAGGGUAAAAAGACUGAAAAAUACAUAAUGAAUGUAGCGCCAGAAAAACUUCGUGCCAUUGUGACUCUUACGGGUGAUAGCAUUACGCAUGCAGAUAUAAGCUUUAAGCUUGCGCGGCCACCUCAUCAACAACAGAAAACUUGCAUCAACCAAGACUCGCCAUGGAAGUUGCAGCAAGUGCAAGAUGCAGCAAAUCACCUUCAGCAAGCAAUUAACCACAUUGAUGAUGUAGAUGCCACUUACCAUUUCAAAACGUCUGAUGAAGUCAUGAAUGUAGUAGGUAACAUAUUGGAGGCUUUGCAUCGUGCGCGCUCUAGUUUGGUGUUACCCAAAAAGAAGCCUAUUGCCGAUCUGAUUAAAAGUCGUAAUAUGAAAUCCCUUGCUCCCAACUUAUCGGAAGACUUGGCCGUCAGUUUUUAUCUUCAAAGUCACAAAUUGAUUAUGGCUGUUUACCAACUAAUUACCGUACAGGGUACAAUGCGCUUUGACUCAUGCCAGGCGGAGGCCACCGUACAGUGGUUGAACGACGUAAUGCCAAUGCUUUGCGCCGGUCUGAAACUCUGCCAACAACUUAAAGACAAGAUAUCUGUGUUCUCGGUGUAUAAGGAUUUUACUGUUGAUUCCCGUUCACCAUCGGCGAUUUUCUAUUGACACUGAUUGAAGUCAAACUUUAAAGGUUAAAAUAUAAUAACGGACGAAAUAUCCAAAACAUUGAUAGAAUUUGCUCUUUACUUGAAAAUUGUAAUAUCUUACAUUCUUAAAACGUAAAGUAUAUACUAGUUUGUUAUUUUUUUUGCACGAAAAUGUACGAAAAUGUUCGAAUAUUUUAAAGCAUUUAUUUUACGCAAUUACUUACACUGGAAUACAAAGAAGAAACAAAAAGCACACAAAAUCACUCAAAGUGCCUAAAUGAUAUACGUACUUAAGUAUUUAAGUCACCGUAACAUAGAAAAAAUGAUUGGUCCUGGCAUUGCUAGCUUAAUUUAAUAUCACUAAUUGAAUUUAUACAAAUAUCCAAAUACUAAAUUCCUGAAUUUAGUUUAAUUUAUUUUAAUUAGUUGAUUAUUUUUAGUAUAAUCCUAAAUUUAGUUUAGAGUUUUAUUACUAUAAAUACCGUGACAGUACUUACAAUUUACUCGCCGUUAUGGUUUAUAAUAAAACAAUUAAAAUAGAUGUCCUACAACAAAUAAUGAAUAUUCUGCUUAAAGAGCAGCAUAGAAGAGGGAGUAUAAUAAAGUUGCCUUCAUAUUCUGCCUUAAUUGUGAGUGAAAUAUAUUUAGUAGAAAUAAUUUAUAUAAUUAUGUAUUUGAGAGUACAGAUGCGAAUUGUAACUACUACAAUAGUGAAAGUAUUAAAAUAUAAAAUAAAAUAAAUUCUUAGAAACAGA